AUGAGUGACAGGUUUUCGGUGACUAAGCUUUUUCCUAAGUGUUUGACGACAUGCUUAUAUAUAUGGACCGCCUACAUAACGCUGACAAGAAUACAUCAAAUACCAAGCUGGUUUCUCACGGUAACUAUAAUUCCGACAUUACUGGUAGCCUUAUACACCUAUUUCAAAGCGAUUUCAAAGGGACCCGGCUCUCCUUUAGACUUCCCUGAUUUACUAGUCCAUGACUUACAGGCAGCAGAAAAUGGUCUCGAACUUCCCCCAGAGUACAUGUCAAAAAGAUGUAURACCUUAAAACAUGACGGAAGAUUUCGAGUUUGCCAAAUUUGCCACGUUUGGAAGCCUGAUCGUUGUCAUCACUGUUCAUCAUGUGAUAUAUGUGUAUUGAAAAUGGAUCAUCAUUGUCCUUGGUUUGCUGAAUGCACUGGUUUCAAGAAUCAGAAGCUUUUUAUUCAGUUCCUUAUGUACACAACUUUCUACGCGUUCUUGGUCCUAAUCUACUCGUGUUAUGAACUCGGGACUUGGUUUCGUUCUGGUAGCUUUAAUCAAGAACUGAUUGAUUUUCACCUAUUAGGGGUGGCGCUGUUAGCCAUUGCAAUAUUCAUCUCUGUUUUGGCGUUCACUGCUUUCAGCAUUUAUCAAGUUUGUAAUAACCAAACAACCAUCGAACUAUACGGUAUGAGAAGAUAUAGGCGAGAUCUGGAAAUCAUCAAUGACAGCUAUGGAGCAGAUACACAGUUGGAGAAUAUAUUUGACUUAGGUUCUUCAAUCGCUAAUUGGCAAGAUUUAAUGGGCAUGUCAUGGUUGGAGUGGUUACUUCCUAUCGAGACAUAUAAGUACAAGAAGUCUAAACACACAAAAGAUGAAAAGGGUUUAUAUUUCGAUAUAAGACCGGAAGCACAAGACAGAUUGCUCAGCAGUAGAGGUCUAGAGGAUCGCCUAAUGAGAAGAGUAACCCCAAGGCCUUCGUUAGAAACCGACAGGCCCUCCGAAUAA